GGGACUGUCGUUGUAUUGUUAGCAGCUGCUGCGCCCUAUAUUAUGCACUGACGAGCACGCAAACACCGCCGCCAUUUUGAAAAUUACGUCUUCGCCUAAAAUCGUUCAAUUUCUAGCCAUAAGUUUGCGGUAUUUUACCACUUUUGCUUCGCCAAUGUUGGCACUCACGUGAUGUACGAAGGCAAGCAUAUUCACUUCUCAGAAGUUGACAACAAGCCACUAUGUUCGUACAGUGCCAAGUUGUGCAAGCAGCGGCGCCUCAACGGCUAUGCUUUUUGCAUUCGCCAUGUGUUGGAAGAUACAUCUGCUCCCUUCAAGCAGUGCGAGUUUGAAGCAAAGUACAAUAAACUGCGCUGCACCAAUCCCAUCCCUGGAGAAGAAAAUAGAAAAUUUUGUAACAGCCACAUGCAGGUCUUGGGACUGGUACCAAAGAGAGGAAAAAAGAGAAAAGGGGACCAAUCUCCAGACAGUCGAAAUGAUUGCAGAAAUGACUCAUCAAAUGCAGGCAGCAAGGGAGGCAGUCAAGAGAGAGAAAAGCACAAAAAGAAAUCAAAGGACAAAAAGAAGAAGAAAAAGAAAAAGAAGAAGAAAGAAAAGCAUAAGAAAAGGGGGAAUAGAUCAAUUUUAGAUGAUGUGAUGUUUAACUCUAAAGGCAAUUUUGAAUUGAAUGACCUUAGUUUAAUGUGCAGAAGUAGGCCACCAGAUUUUGCCAGUGCUGUGAUUGGUGCUGACAAUCUUACAAUUCACUCAAACUCAAUAGAAAGAGCAAUCAAGACGAAAUCAAAGAGAAGGAGGGAUGGCAGCACGCUACAUGAAAGACUUCAGGAGAAGUUGGAGAGGAACAAGCAAAGAUUGCGUCAACAGCGAGAAAAAGAAAUUCUUGCCAAAUCUAUGCAGCACACACAAUUCACCAAUGCUGCUUCCCUGGAACACACUAACAAUCUACUUGAUAGUGGAGUAGCACAGUACAAAAAUUCUUCAUACCUCGAUUCCCAGAAAUUCCUUCCCCUCAUACCUCCAUUGGUUGAGGGUAAAGGACGAGUCCCAAACCUUCCAUGGCCCCAGAUGCCCCAGCAUAUUUCCUCGCCAAGGGAGGCAUUUGUGAAGCUUCAACGGAAGCACCCAAGAGAUCUCUUUGCUCGCAAGUUAGACUCAAAAGCAGUUGACCUGCUAAGAGAACGUCUUCAGCUUGAUGAAGAUGAGAGGACUGAUAUAUUUCCCUUAGGUUUAGACUUUUCAGACACAGAUGAUGAAGAGAGUGAGGAGGUUACAGACAGAAGGUGUAGAAAUACAUGUAAAGAACAAUAUAGUGUAAGUCACAUAUCCAGUACUGAUGAAACCAAUAGCCCAUUGAGCCGGCACAGCAGAUUGAAGCAGCUGAAAAAUCACCUCCAGCGAGAUAGAAGGAAGCUAGAACUUGGUAUACAAUGUGAUGAGCAUGAGCAGAGAGACAUGAGAUGUUCUAGUAAACUCCUAGCUGAUGCUGCCAGAGACCAUCCCUUUGGAACAGCUGUAUCUAUACUCAGGGUUCAAGAAGAGACAUUACAAAGGCCCAAGCCUCAGGCCCCUCCAGAGAGGAUCUGCUGCAGUAAAGAAGAAAAUGAUGAUCCUUGCCAAGAGGAGGCUAUGCCAUACAGCAAGCACUGCUUCAGACACGUACUUGAAGAUGAAGAUCAAGUAUUGUUCUACCAGUGUGGUGCUGAAUUCCCAGGAGGAUUCCGCUGUAUUGAGCCAAGUUUUGACAUGCUUAAUGAGCAGCCUCUAUGCCAGGAACAUGCCAAGAGAGUGCGAAUGGAACCAAAGUCAAAGAGACCAAGAAAGAAGACCAAGCCUUCAGCUCUAACCAGGCCUUUCAAGAAGAAAAAGAAGAACCAGCGCAGGAAGUACCGACCACAGAAACCAAUACCUCCACUUGAACCUCUGCAAAACUACCAGCUACCCAUCAGCAGCACCCCUGUGAUCCCUGUGGCUACUCCACAUCCCCCACCUCACACCCCUGCAUUCAGGAGCAUUGGUGCCCAUGAUCUCCCUGUCCAUCUGAUGGACAUGUCUGCUCUGGAAGAAGUCAUGAAUGCAGAGGCAGUGGAGUCACCUCCUGAAGACCUCAACUCAGAUGCAGAGGAGGAAGCUCUUUCAAGCGUUCUACAAAACCUGAAUGACAUCUUUGAAGGAAGGAAUGGUGAUUUCCUGCCUACAAGGGAGGAGGCAGAAGCCUUGGAGCGUGCAUUCUUUCAAGCAUCAGAGGAUGUCAAUGAUGCUAAGCUUUCUCUGGAGCAGCUCUUUAACGACGGAGAAGAAAAUAGCAACUCGCUGCCAGGAGAUGUGACUGAGGCUGCCAUCAGCCAGGAUAGUUCAGAUGGACUCCCCAGCGAUCUUCAAUCUGCAGCAAAUAGACUUAUAGCUGAUACCAUGAGACAGAACUCGAAUGAUGGUUCUAAUCAUAAUGCAAUCAAGCCACCGUCCUCUAAUCUCACCAAUGCAGUGCCUUUGAGUAAUAUGUCUGCCACAGCACAAUCUGGCCAGGCCUUCACCCUACCUAGCACUCUGGCAGGCCAUGGGGUGUUUACGAACAGUGUUGCUCAAUUCAAUGGUCCUGUAAUCCCUCAGACACAAUCUCUGCUGACACAGAACACCCUCAGCACCACAGCUGCAACGACAGAAAACCAUCAUGAUUCCUUGCGUCACACUGUCCUCAAUGGAGUCAUAAGUGGCAAUCGUGCAAUGGUGCCCUCGUUCCCUAUCUCUCAACCUAUGUUGUCUCCGCAUGGAGGACAGCAGGUGCCUCACCCUAUGAUGUCACCUCAGAGUCCACAAAUCAUCACAACCACCUUGCCACAAGCUAGCCCUAACGCUUCAUCUGGAAUGAGCCCAAGUGCAUCAGCGCCAACCCCUUCUCAGGCUGCUCAUCAGGCAGCCCUACCCAGUUUCCGGCAAACAUGGAGUAGUGUUUCCAACAUUCAGAAUGCCUUGCGCCGUACCAAUUCAAACAGUGUACCAGCUGUGAACGGCAUCAACUCUAAUGGCGGACUCCCUUACAACGUGCAUACGAGUCAGUCAAUGGGUUCCCAGAAGUUGCCAAGUUUUAACUCUGUGGUAGCAGGAAUUACCCAGAACCAUAUUCCACAGCAGCAAAGUGGAUUCGCACCUGGUCUGCCUUCACCUCAACCUACUAGUGGGAUUCCUACCCCUCCCUACACUGCACCCAAUAUCAAAAACAUACCUCCUAUCAUCAAACAACAAGGAACGUGACAUAUCAAGCCGCUCGUGGCUCAUAAAAUAUUACCAAUUUAUGUCGAGAGUAUUCAAUUUUUUUAGUUUGACAAUGUUUUGUAUAUUUGUUUAUGUUGAGAUUCAUAUGUACAUUUGGAAUAUUUACACCCUAAAUUCUUUCUCAGAAGCCAUUUUGAAUAGAUUAGCCAUGCUUUAAUAUUUCUUAUUUUUGUCAAGAAUGACAGGUACAGAUGUGGCGUUACUGUGCCUCAUUAAGUAAAUUACUUUUGAUAGUGGGGAGUUACUUUUAGAGCUGUUAUACAGAAAGGAGCCCAGAGAAUCAAACAAUAACUGAAACCAUGAUUUUUAAAAAGGUGAAGAAUUUGGAGACAGUUAUACUUUAUGCAGAUUGAAAUACAAAGGUGCCAUUUUGAUGAUUCAAGCAUUGAGAGCCAGCUGAGCAUUCAUUCUCAUCAAAGUAUAGUUUGUUGAGCACUUAUAUAAAUAUAUCAGGCAGUGAUUCUAUCGGUGCUCCAUAGAGAGCCAUAUUUUAAUUAGCACCAUUGUAUAUUUUUUCAAUCUGUGAGAUCACUAUGGUACAUAUGAUUUAUCUUCAUAUUAACUUAUUCAUGGUUGCUGUAUAACAGCUCUCAAAGUUAGCAACAAUCAGUUGGCCUUCAACAAGGAAUUAAGGAUGAACUACAUGUAGUUUUAGGAACAUGAUACAACCCUUACUCUGCACUCUGUAAGUCUCUGUGUCACCUUGUUUACCUGUUUUUAUGUCGUGUAUUUCUGUGCAUGUAUUCUUUUACAAACAUUUGCACAUAGCUUGAUCUGCUUCUCUUUGUACCUGGUACUUUCUUUACAUGUUUGAAAAGGAUGAAUUUUUCAUGGUGUUGAAAGUUAUUUCAACAAGGAAAUGUGUUUUGUCUGUCUGUGGGACCAAAUGAGAAGACAUGCCAGUUUUUUGAAUUAUUUCAAACAUUAUUUCUAAGGGAAUUGCUUGAACUGCAAUUUGUGUCAAAUUUAUCUACAAGUUUCAUACCUGUUGAAUUUAUUACUUUUAUUUUUUGCAUUUGAUGUACAGUGUAGGGAUGAGUUAAUCUUUUCUGUCUUUCUUUCUUUCUUUCUCUUCUGCCCCAAUGGAAUUACACCCUGGAAAGGUAUUUCAGACUAGGUUUUCUCCUAUGAAAUGGCUAUCAAGAAUUAACUGAUUUGCCCCCAUCAAAAGUGGUCUGUAUUAGCUUUAUUCCUCAAUAUUUCAGUUUCUCCAAAUUCAACCUUCACUGUUUCUUCUACCUUGCAAGUUUUCAAUUUUGAGCCACAAGAGUGUUAACUCACAUGCUUUUAACACAGAGAUAAUGCACUUCUGGAUCUGAACUGAUGAUUUUUUAAAUAGAAGAACCUAAGGCAUGUUUAGAAUUGUUCUCAUUUAUUUUUCACACACUGUCACACAGAAUUUUUAGUCCCAAUAAAUAAGGUAUAUGAACCAGGACACUUUUUUCCCCACCAUUGCUUGCUGCAUUGGAGUACUUAACGUAUCCGGCUUGCGCAUGUACUUGUAGAUACCUUGUGGCUUCCAGCCAGUCUAAACAGCUACGAAUGAUCCACAUUGAUCGCAAAGCCUCCAAUCAAUCGCAAACUUACAAAGUCGUAUCUCUUUAGUAUAGGGUUGCGAUUGAUUUGAAGCGAUGGCAACUGUUUGUUGUAGGUUGUUGGAAGAUGAUCCCUUCCAUUGGCUGAUGAUGUCAUUACACUCUCUGUCAAGGGUACAACAACUGGAAGGUGUUCUUCUGUUUCUACAUAAUCUGGAAGCAGUGUAAAAGUAAUGCAUAUGUUGUUAGAAAUAAUGUAUGUGGAGUUUAUUGUAAUCUUUGUAUAAUUUUGUAUUAGAGUAGCAUAGUUUUCGUGAUAAAUGUGUAAUCGAGGUUUUACCUUUCCAGGAUCCACUGAAGUUGUAUUUAUGACAGAUGAACAUAUUCUGGUACCGUACCAUUUGCAUAAUAUGAAAGCCACACACCUUCACAGAAAUAGUCAAUUUUUGUUUCAUGUGUAACAGAACUCUAUUUAGAUAAUUGCAUGUGAGCGUACAGUGUAUUUCACGAUUGAUACUGCUGUCAUAUUUCAACAAUAUGCUGGACCAAAUUUAUGUAAAUUAUUUUUAUACAAAUCUAUUUUUAUGUAGCAGCAAUAUAGUGUGGUUGCUGCAUGUUGCAUUCAACUUGUGUUUACUGUGUGCAUCUGAGCAAAGGGUUGGCUUUAGAGUAUAGAUAUGAAAUAGGGCUAGCUUGGUUUCAUCUCAAAGUUUAUAUAUUGUAAUGUGGCACCUGUCUUGGUUAAAAUGUAAUAACACCAAUUUUCUUACAUAUCUGUUAAUUUGUUUAUUAUUAGUAAAUUGUAUGCACUAUUUGGCUGCCAAAGGAUGGAUGUAGACAAGAAAUGGAAUUUGUCGCUCUGUUUCCUACAAAGAAAGGACAAAAAAGACAUUAAUAUUAACAAGACAAAAUUACCAUUUGAUAGAAGAAGUACUGUAAUUCUGUUUUUAAUCAUCAUUCAUGAUUUUCUGAAGUGUUUUUGUAAUAUACGGAAUGCAAUUACACCUAUUCAUCUCCUAAAUCUAGGCAAGCUGGCUGUUCAAAUUAUUUAGUUCAUGAAUAUGAUUUAUUUCCUAGAUUUUCAAGGUAUUCAAAUUUUGUUACUGUAGAAGCAUCUUCACAAUACAGAAAAUAUUGCAGUACAGAUGGUCCUAAUGUGGUAUAUUUUUGUCUUUUUUUUUGGGGGGGGAGGAUCUUUAUAAAUCUCUUUUUCUGUUGAUUUAAGCACUUCUGUGUGUGUGUGUAAUCUAGUAGUUUCUAGGCUGCAUAUUUAAUUUGUUCUGCUUGUACUCACCUUCCAAAGCCAUCUCAAUCAUUCAUCAAGUUCACAUUGUGUAAACAUUUUCUCAGGUAAAAUGGCUUUCCGCCAUACUUUUGAUGAAUUUGAUUAAAUUUCUAAGAUCUUAUCACAAUUUGGCACAUGUGAUCAACUACUAUUGCAGUCUCAUUCUAAUCAUAUGCUUUAUGUUUGUAUGAAAAAGGUAUUGUUACAUGUUUACAAAGCUAUAUGGGAAGGGGGUGUAAACUUCAGACGUGGGCUUACAGCAUACUUAUAUCUUUGAAGUUAAUGUUUUAUAUUGAUAACUUUGUCAGAAUCAAUUUCCAUUAUUGAAUGAAGCAAUUAUAUCUCAAAGUGCUGGCAUAUUUAGGGGCAUACUUUGGUCUGAAGAAAAAAAAUAUAUAUUACUGAAUACUUUGAUUAUAUUCUCAAAGUCUAACCUUUAGUGAGACUUAGUGAGACAAACAAUUUUUAAAGAAAGGAUAGCGAGGAGAAAUGUUUUUGAUGUGCGUUGUUUACUAUUCCUUCUGUUCUAAUUUUUGUUUUGAUGUCUUCAAAAGAAUGUCAUACCAUUGCUCUCUUACCAGCCUGCAUACCUUUGAUAUUAAGCCAAUGAAAAUUAAAAACAAAUGUAUUUUUCUCUUGUUUCUAUAGAGUAAUAAAGCAAAUUGUAUUUUUCACAAAAAGACUUAACAAAUGUUACGCCCCACACUCUUUUUGCUGUUGUUGAUUACUUUACAAUCUUAUCUGAUACAUUAAGACCUGUCAAAAGAAAUUUAUGACAUUGUGUGAAAUGUAGAUCAACCAUUGUACUUGCCCAUUUUAUAUUAGUGAAAAAGGCUGUAGAAGAAUAUGCUGAAAGUGUUGUUUCUCUCACUUAGAAUUGGGUACAGCAAGUGGCCAACACACAAUUCAGAUUUCUUUGUUUGGAGGGGGGAUGUGAUUGAACAUUCUUAAGAACAUUUGCAUAAAAUAUCAACUGUUGCAAUUAUUGUUUCUACUGUUAAAUACCUUAUGCCAUAUCAUAUACACACAGAGAUUUCUUGAAAAAAUGUCGCCUUUAACAAUUGCUUAUUGAAGUUUUUAUCACAACUUCAUUCAUAUAACUAUUUUUUGUUACCUACGUCACAUUUUUAAUUUGCCAAUAUUAAUAUUUUCUCAUAUUUUGACAGUUCAAAAUAUAUUUGAAAGUGCAAGAAACUUGGGCAUAUCAAUGCAUGUAUGCUUUUAAAUCAUAUAUUUUGAUAUUAAAAAAACGUCGACAAAUUCUA